UCUCAAUUUCAGUGUCCAUCUGGGAACUCGGGUCCGACUCACUCAACUCAACUGUCGUGUGGCGCACUUGUCCAACUUUAUCCGGUGUCAAGAGCAGACGUACCGGAGGGAGUUACCGGUGCCGUUUUACAGUUUUUUUCCCCCGGUGGAAGUUUGUAACACGAGGUAACCGAGCCGAGCCGGAUUCGAAAGUUUUGUCCACCUCAGAAGACAGUUAGGGGAAAAGAAAAAAUGGCAGACGGCGAGCACGUUUCUUCAACCACUCCUCUGUUCGGCGAGGAGAUGCACCACUACCAGGCCGAACCGGACUCCGAGCUGCUGGGCAAGCCCAAAAAGGACCUCUUCAGCGUGGAUGAUAUUGUGGACUUGGUCGGCGGGGCUCAGGACGCCUUGGACCGCCACUUAGCUGAAGCUAGUGCGCCACAAGAGUUCACAGAGUUCACAGAAGCUUCGGUCGCUCCGGAACCAGUAACGUUACCGGAGCCUGUCCACGUAACGGAGCCGAAACCGGUGUCAGUGCCAGAGGUGAAAGAACCCGAACCCGAACCGGAGCCCGAGGUAGAGACUGAGACUGCCAUCCCAGACUCCACCAGCUUCUCUUUUGUUCCUGACACCCCUGCUUUCAUUGCCGAGGAGCCUCUAGUUGUCGUCCCUAAAGUGGAACCCGAAAGUACAAAGAUCGAACCAGAGCCACAGGCUGCUGCUGCCCCCGAGCCAGAACCUGCUGCCCCGAAGAGCGACGCCCUCCCAGCGGCAGAACCCCGGAAAACAGCCCCAGCCCCCGCAGAGGCAGCAGAGCAACCUGCGGUGACAGAGGAACCACCGGCUCCGGCAUCUUGUCUUCUUCGUGGCUGGAACGUAAACCUCGACAGCAGAGAUGUACCUUCUCCUUCUAAAGCUCAACCUCAUCCUCUGAUGCAAUUCCCUACAGCACUUGGGCAGAAGGGUGAUUCCCCUGCUCCCAUCUCUCCUCUCUCCCCUCUUCACUCCCCCGACUCUCUGGAGGAGCUCUCUCUGACCGAGAGUCCCAACCAGCCCCCUACUUCGGGAUUCGCUGCAUCCUUGGUCUCCUUCUCCACUGAACCCCCCACUACUCAUUCCAAGGACAUGCCUUGGGUGGGUGAAGAGGGUGACUCUGGACCAGGCCUUAGUAAGAGUAAGGAAGACCUACUAGAUCCGUUAGCCGGUCCUUACCUGAGUUUAGGGAAAGACCCAGGGCCUCAUAAUCCAUGUGAAGACAGCGGAGUUUCCGUUUCGCCCGAGGAGAAGAUGAUUAGCUCAGACAGGUCCUCCACUGGCCCCUCCCCCGUGAACCCGAAGAUGAAGGUCCCUGAGUCUCACCUUGCCUCCUCUAACCCAACAGAGCCCUGGGAUUCACCAUUCCUUGCUUCUCAAGACAACUCCAAGGUCUCCAUGGAUUCCUUCUCCAAGGACACGGCUCCCGUUAGCUCUUCCGGGUACGAGCCGGACCUGCACGACAACCAGUCUGACGAAGACGAUGACCUGAUGUAUGAGGUGAAGAAGAAUAAUAACCCAUUUGAGGGCUAUUCCCCACUGGCGGACAGUGGCUACUCCCAUUUCGGAGACUCCAAGUCCGACAGCAGGGCCUCCAAAAUGUCCGAGAGUCCCACUCCGGAUCUGGUCCAGUACGGCCAGACUGGAGAAUCCCAGGAUACCCCUCCGUCUUUCUUAGACGAUGGGAAAACAUUUCAGAUGGGAAAGAUGGCCGCUGACUCGCUCAUGCAAUCAGUGAAUCAGUUCUCAUCUGGUCUGAAAGAUCUGAAAGAUGACGAAGACGAUGACGAGCAGGAAGAGGAUUCAGCCUUGCCACCGUCGCUCCCAGACAUCCUGAAGUCGUCCCCGCUCAACCCCGACAAAAUGGACUCUGGCUCGUCGGAGGGAAGCCCCGAGCAGAGUCCCAUCCUUGAACGGAGGAUGAUGGAGUCCCCCAACCCUCCAAUCAACCUGUCGGCUAACAACCCGUUUGCCUUCGAUGCUAAAGUGUCCCUGCUGAAGGAGAUGACCGAGGAGCUGGAAGUGAAAGGCAAAGGAAAAGUUGAAGACGACAACGGUUUCGACGCAUUCGAUCUUGUCAAAGGAGCCGAGGAAACCACCCCCAAUAAGGCGAAAGAAGAGGAACCAGUCAAGGUCGAGCAGAAAGAUUGGUUUUCAAGCCACGAUUCUCCCAAAAUGACCAAAACGUUUGAGCCUCUUGACCUCCAGAGCAAAAAGACCCCCACCGAGGAUUCAGACUCGGAGUCGCCAACCGCAGACUCGCUGUCUCCGGUCCUGGAAGCCAUGGCCAAGAACCCGGCCAUCUUCCAGGUGGAAACGGAGAAAAUGGACCAGAAGAUGGAGAUGGAGAUGGAGGAGCCAGAGUUGGCCGAGGAGGUCUCCGAGCAUGAAGUCUCCUCUGAGGAGUUUGAGUUCAUCGAGCGGCCACCGAGGGGCGUCAUCGACGAGUUUCUCGAGGCUCUGGAUACUUCCAAGUUUGCCUCCUCCAAGCCCCCAGAGAUCCCCAUGGAUGAAGAUGAUGACCUAAGCUUUGGGCAGAGAGAUGCGGCUCCAUUUUCUGCUCCGCCUGUGACAAAAGUAGCACCGCCCCCCGAGGUGGAAGAGGAGGCUCCAAGUCAGAGCUCCUACCUCCUCCUCACGCAGGCCUCCCCCCAGAAGAGCAAGGCCGAGCUGGAGAAGCUCGACAUCCAGCAGCCCCCACCCCAAGCUCCGCUCAUCCACUCCCCCGUCCGCAAACCAGAGGAGGCGGUCGCUAAGAAGAGCGUGGGAGACGGCACAGUGCUUAAGAUGCCAAACGUGAACAUAAGAGCAGUGGUGGAUCUCCUCUACUGGCGUGAUGUGAAGACCACGGGCGUGGUGUUCGGCGCCGGCCUGCUGCUGCUCCUCUCCCUGACGGUGUGCAGCAUCGUGAGCGUCUGCUCCUACAUCGGCCUGGCUCUGCUCUCCGUCACCAUCUGCUUCAGGAUAUACAAAGGCAUCCUGCAGGCCAUCCAGAAGUCAGAUGAGGGCCAUCCGUUCAAGCAGUACCUGGACCAGGAGGUGGCCCUGCCCGAGGACAUGGUCCACAAGUACAGUGACUUGGCUCUCGCCAAAAUCAACAAGACCAUCGGGGAAUUAAGGCGCCUGUUCCUGGUCGAGGACCUGGUCGACUCCAUCAAGUUUGCCGUGUUGAUGUGGAUCCUGACCUACGUCGGCUCCUUGUUCAACGGCCUCACUCUAAUUAUUCUGGCUCUGGUCGGAGCCUUCAGCUGCCCGAUCGUCUACGAGAAACACCAGGCUCAGAUCGACCACUACGUGGCUCUGGUCAACAACCAGGUCAAAGACGUCGUCGGGAAGAUCCAGGCGAAGGUUCCCGGGAUGAAACGCAAAGCAGAGUGAAGUAACGGAAAGUCAGAGUUUGGAUUCAGGAAGUCCUGAGAGGGGAGGAGGGGGGGUGUUAGUAGGGGAGGGAGGGGGAGGAAAGAGGGGGAACAUGAAGGAAAAGCUGGAGGAGGAGAGGAGGGGGUCUGGCGUGGACGCAGCCCUUCUAACUUUAUUUGUCAAAAAUAAUAAAAACAUUUCUUUUCCAGUCCAGAAUUCCUUUUUAUUUUUCCGGGUUUUUUUUGUGUUUUCUGGAGAAGUUGGAAGUUGAGCCGAGGCCGAGGUCGGCUCCAUCAUGCUGAUGAAAUGUUUGUUCCCUCUCCCCACCCAGUGCAUUGUGGGAGGAGCUGACACAGCUCCCACAUUUGUAGUUUUUUGGGUGUUUUUUUUUUCUCCGUCAUUUUUCAAAACCGAGCAAAGUGGGAAAACAUUUAUUUUCUUCUUCCUUCGUCUGUUUUUUUGAGAGAGCGCGCGCAGCAAACGGCACCUCAUUUGUAUUUUCUCUCCUCUUUUUUUUUUUUUUUUUCUUUUUUUUUUUUAGUAUAAGUUUGAAGUAUUUUGUGAUUUUACUGUUUAGCUGAAACGGCGUUCGUGUCCCUCGAGCUCGGAGCUCGUUUCUUCGGUAAGCUGCUGCGUGGUUUCGCCUCGACGGGACGGAUUUGUGAACGGCGUCUUUGACUCCUGACGAAGCAGCGAGGGGGUGGGGGGGUGGGGGGGGGGCUUGUACUACCUUUAAAUACUUCAUCGCUUCUGAGUAACUUUAGCUAGAAUCAUCUAGAAAACCUUCGCCACAUAAAACACAUAAAUCACAUAAAAAGUUGUUAUUUCCAUGUCAUUUGCAGCUGUGUAGUUAAUGAAAAACUCUGGAAGAGGAAAAACCCGUUUACAUUCAUCCACAUCAGAUAAAAUGUUUAAAAAGUACAAAAAAACGACAAGAAAUGGGAUUUAAAAGAAGAAAAAGAAAUAACCAUACUGUCUGUGGAGCCGAUAUCUUAAUAGAGUUGCAACUUGAUGUGACUUUUUGGGAAACCUUUCGAGCAUUUGUUUGUUAUGCAAGUAUAAUUGUGAAUGAUAAACUUCAUACUUCAAUUGUGACGAUAAAAAGCUCCCAGCUGGGAGCCGUGUUUGUGGAAUGCAUUGUGAGAUGUAAACUAUUAUCAAUAAAGCUUCUAGACGAAGAAA